AUGGCCGAACCAAUAGGCCUGGCCUCCGGGUUGCUAGCGCUAGCCACCUUCGCCUUCCAGUGCAGCAUCUCGUUGCACGAAACGGUCAAUAGUUUUCGUUCCCAUCCGAAACGCGUACGUGAUCUUCUUGAAGAAGUUGAAGCCCUGAGUGCUGUGCUUGGUCCACUUGCCGAGUUUGUCAAGGCAAGCACUGAUAUUGACCUAUCGGCGCUGGAUCUCCCUCUUCUACGCUGUGGUAGCGCCUGCAAGGAGUUCCAACAGGAGAUCCUUAAAUGCUCGUCGCGGUCAGACCAAAACCGGACGAAUUUUCGGGACUGGGCCAGGCUGAAGUACAUGGGUGACGACAUAGAUGGUUUUCGAAGAUUGCUGGCUGGGUAUAAAGCAACAAUCAACAUUGCUCUCACCGAUGCAAACCUUCGCCAAACCUCUGUCAACUCUGAAAGCCUAGAAGAUUAUAAGCGGCUUAUCCAGGACGCCAAAGAUGAUCUUGAAGCUCGUUUAGAAGUUCUAGAUGGCAAAUUGGAGUGCAUCGUUGAGAAAAGCGUGGCGCAAUCCGGACCGGACGCAGCGGAACUACAAUCCAUGAGAGAUGAGCGCUUGAGUACAGAAAAAUGUUUACAGAUCUGUGCCCAGCUAUCCGAUCAUAUUGACCAGAUUCAGUUGAUAUCGGACCGGGGUGAUGCCUCCCAUGGCUCAGAUGGUCUAAACACUUCGCCCGAAAGCGUCACCAACGAAGGCUUGCAAGAAUGCAAAAACAGCUUAGCGCUGACAGCUCGUAAGCUAGAGAAACAUAUGCAGGACGUCAUGAAACGGCUGCUCUCGCAAUCAAAGACAACAAUUUCCUCUGAAAAAGACGAAGAAGAUUUGGCAAGGCUACAGGAUGAGUGGAAUACUGCACGACAAUGCUUGGAUAUCUGCUCCAGGGCGGAUAAUCAUCUGAAAGAGAAUGUCAGUGUGAUCGAAAACUAUGGUACCGGUGAUGCCUUGCAAUUUAUGGUAUCCACAAAUGGUAAGAUCCUGCACGGCAAAAACCGAGCUCUUGGUUGGAGAUCGAGACAAGUGGGAGGCUACGUGAGCGAUGCCUCCGUCCAGCAGCUGUCGAGAGACAUUGCAACCAUCAACAUGAGCCACCUUAGAGGGAUGGAACCUCCUUCGACAGACCAUAGCAAUGUGGAUCAGCGUGAUGAAGUGGAGGGCGAAAUGACGGCAGAAUUCAAACAACGGUACGGACAAGGUUUCAAACUGAGAUCGAUGAGUUUCCCGGAAGGAUCUGCUCCUUCUCCGACAACGAGUCGCUGA